AUGCAAGACGCCUGGAUGACUCGUAACGCUGAGGAGAUUCCAGGGUACGUGGACCGCAACGAAUGGAAGAACGCCUUCACCACGAUGAAAGAUGUCUACGGUCGGCCGACCAACGGCACUGCUCCUCUCCCCUCCGCUGACGGCAGUCUCCUUCUCACUGAGAAGACACAAAUUCUACAGCAAUUAUCCGAGCACUUCCGGACGUCCUCAACCGCCCCUCCAUCAUCUCCGACGCCGUCAUCGCCCGUCUGUCGCAAGUGGAGACCCACGAGGACCUCGACCUCCGCCCUCUCUCAAUGA